CAGCUUUAAUAAAACCCAAUAUUCGAUCGAAGGCCCGCAUCUCGUUUCGGGUUUUCCUGUGUGUUUUAGAGUCUUUGCCCGACCCGACGAGGGUUUUACCUACUUCUCCACUUUCUCUCUCCCAAAAUCUUUCUUGAAUGGCGAACAGCAAUCUACCCCGUCGGAUUAUCAAGGAAACGCAACGUCUCCUCAGCGAACCAGCUCCUGGAAUUAGUGCUUCUCCUUCAGAAGAUAAUAUGCGUUAUUUCAAUGUUAUGAUUCUUGGUCCAACACAGUCACCUUAUGAAGGAGGAGUUUUUAAACUGGAACUAUUUUUGCCUGAAGAAUAUCCAAUGGCUGCCCCAAAGGUCCGCUUCCUCACCAAAAUCUACCAUCCCAACAUUGACAAGCUUGGAAGGAUAUGCCUUGAUAUCCUCAAAGACAAAUGGAGUCCAGCUCUCCAGAUCCGAACGGUGCUGCUGAGUAUCCAAGCACUUCUCAGCGCUCCAAAUCCAGAUGACCCUCUUUCUGAUAAUAUUGCAAAGCAUUGGAAGACGAACGAAGCUGAAGCUGUGGAAACAGCAAAAGAAUGGACCCGCUUAUAUGCAAGUGGGGUGUGAUGGGGCAAUGGCCGGCAGCUGCUGCUUCUGGCAAAUAACGUCUACUAUGUAAGUUUAUGUGUCUUCUCUCUGUUUUCACAUGAAAACGGAAGUAUUGAACGUCUGAAAUUGCCAGGAUUAACCUCUCAAGCUCUUCAGUUAUAUGCCGCUUGUCAUUUUUCUUACUCCAAAGGGCUGCCUUUUGCAUCUGUAUGAUUAGUUACUGCUUGCUGUCCCCCUAAUCUAUUUCUUUCUCCUUUCUGUAGGAAUCUGUGACUCGUUUUACUUCUCCCUGUGUUUGAAAGGCUAUUUAGUUUCAGUAGCGUUUUAGUUUAA